AUGUCGGCAAAUGCCCCCCAGCCGGUGAAGCUCUCGCUGCCCCUUGAGUACCAACAAACCCUGUUCCAGGAGCUUCGGUCUGACGAUGAACUCGUCGUCAUCGCCAAGGGCCUCGGCCUCAUGCGCCUGGUCACGAACCUGCUCCAUUCCUACGAUGCCGCCGGGAACAACCUGAUCAUCAUCGUCGGCGCCGAGGAUCGCGAGAACGCCUGGAUCGGCGAGGCCCUCGCCGAGCACGCCGCCAUCAGCAUGUCGCCCAAGGCCCGCGGCCUCACCGUCGUCAACACGGACUUUACGAGCGUCGGCGCCCGCGAGAAGAUGUACGCCCGCGGCGGCAUCUUCAGCAUCACCUCGCGCAUCCUCAUCGUUGACCUGCUGACGAGCCUGCUCAACCCCGAGACCGUCACGGGGCUGGUCGUGCUGCAUGCCGACCGCGUCGUCGCCACCUCGCUCGAGGCCUUCAUCCUGCGCAUCUACCGCCAGAAGAACAGGGCCGGCUUCCUCAAGGCCUUCUCUGACAACCCCGACCCCUUUGCCACGGGCUUCUCGCCGCUGUCGACCAUGAUGCGCAACCUGUUUCUGAAAAAGGCCUCGCUGUGGCCGCGCUUCCACGUCACCGUCGCCGAGUCGCUCGAGGGCAAGAAAAAGGCAGAGGUCAUCGAGCUCGAGGUGCCCAUGACCGACGCCAUGAAGGACAUUCAGAAUGCCAUCAUGGAGUGCGUCGAGGUCAGCAUCCACGAGCUGAAAAAGGGCAACACGGGUCUCGAGAUGGACGACUGGAACCUCGACAGCGCCCUUCUCAAAAACUUUGACGUCAUGGUCCGCCGCCAGCUCGAGCCCAACUGGCACCGCGUCAGCUGGAAGACGCGUCAGAUUGUCCACGACCUGUCCGUCCUGCGCGGCAUGCUGCACUCGGUCCUCUCCUUUGACGCCGUCUCCUUCCUGCAGCACCUCGACACCAUCCACGCCGCCCACUCGCCGCCGCCCGGCUCCACGCGCCAGAACCAGUCGCCGUGGCUCUUCCUCGACGCCGCCCAGACCAUCUUCGAGACGGCACGCAAGCGCGUCUACGCGGCGAGCGCCAGGGCCGCCAACGCCGCCGGCGCCGGCGCCGACAUUGACGCCCUGCGGCCCGUCCUCGAGGAGCUGCCCAAGUGGGCGCAGCUUGCCGAGGUGCUCGACGAGAUUGACCGUGCCCUCUACUUUGAACCCCCCGUGCGCGACGACUCGAGCGGCUCCAUCCUCAUCAUGUGCUCCGACGCCAGCACGUGCAAGCAGCUGCGCGACUACGUGCAGACGAUGCACGUCAAGCCGAGGGUGGACAAGACGACGACGGCUGCUGCGGCACCAGGCGCGGAGGAAGAGGAGAACGGCGGCGGCGACGACGGCCUCGAUGUUUCGGGCGCCUUUAUGAUGAGGAGGAAGCUGCGUAACUAUCUCAAGUGGAAGGGCGAGUUUGCGCGGGUCAGCGCAAGGCUGUUCUCGGAGAACCAAAAGGCGCUCAACGGCGCGACGGACGCGCGGUCGGGCCAGCCGCUGCGGGGCAAGGCGCCGGCGAACAAGAGACGACGCGUCCGCGGCGGCGGUGCCCUGGGUGGCCACGCCUAUGGUCGCACGGAAAAUGGCAGUGUCGCGGCCUUUUUCGAGAAGCCGUCAGACGUCGCCGACCUCAUUGCCGAGGUGCAGAUGACGACGGAGGAGGAGGCGCAGCAAAAGGCCGACGUCGUGACCGAUCCGCUCGAGGACAUGGACGACUACUAUCAGCUGUACGAGAUGCAGGACCUCGUCGUCAUCCACGCGUACGACGGCGACCAGGACGAGCACGUGCUCGAGGAGGUCAAACCGCGGUACAUCAUCAUGUACGAGCCGGACGCCAGCUUCAUCCGGCGCGUCGAGGUGUACCGGUCGUCGCACAACGACCGCAACGUGCGGGUGUAUUUCAUGUACUACGGCGGCUCGGUGGAGGAGCAGCGGUACCUCUCGGGGGUGCGGCGCGAGAAGGACGCGUUCACCAAGGUCAUCAAGGAGCGGGCCAGCAUGUCGAUCGUCAUGACGACCGACGACCGCGGCGUCGAGGACCCGCAGGACACGUUUCUGCGCACGGUCAACACACGCAUCGCAGGCGGCGGGCGGCUCGCGGCGACGGCGCAGCCGCCGCGGGUCGUGGUCGACGUGCGCGAGUUCCGGUCGUCGCUGCCGUCGCUGCUGCACGGGCGCAACAUGGUCAUCGUGCCGUGCAUGCUGACGGUGGGCGACUACGUGCUGUCGCCCACCAUCUGCGUCGAGCGCAAGUCGGUGAGCGACCUCAUCUCGUCGUUCCGCGACGGGCGCCUGUACACGCAGGCCGAGACCAUGUUCCAGCACUACAAGAACGUCAUGCUGCUCAUCGAGUUUGACCAGAACAAGUCGUUCACGCUCGAGCCGUUCGCCGACCUCUCGGGCAGCCUCAGCAGCGUGGCGCCGACCAACGUGUCGUCGGACCUGCAGUCCAAGCUCGUGCUGCUGACGCUGGCGUUCCCGCGCCUGCGCGUCAUCUGGAGCAGCUCGCCGUACCAGACGGCGGAGAUUUUCGAGUCGCUCAAGACGCAGGAGGACGAGCCCGACCCCAUCGCCGCCGUGCGCGCGGGCCUCGACCGCGACGCGCAGGCCGAGGACCAGAGCUUCCACCGCGAGCCGCAGGCCAUGCUGGGCAUCGUGCCGGGCGUGACGCCGCAGAACAUCAAGAGCCUCGUGCUGGCGACGGACAAUGUGCGCGAGGUGGCCAACAUGCGCGAGGGCGAGCUCGCGCCGCUCGUCGGGCGGGAGGCGGCGCGCAAGAUUUUCGGCUUCUUCCACCGGAAUGUCGUGGAAGACUGA